ACGCUCCUAACCAGAUGAUCGUCUUCAUAGUGGAGGGGAUGUAUCCGUCAAAAACACGCUUGUAUAUCAACGCAGAAAAAAAUGUUAUAAAUGUAGUAAAAGUGUGAUACGAUGAGUGCUCAAUAACGAGUGUGUGCUAAUCUUAUAUUUCGAACAUAACAUCUCAACCGGCUCAAUCUCAGUGUAGAUUAGUCGGUCUGGUAAACAAUAAAACCAAACACAAAAGCGGUAAAUUCGUGUCAAGUAUUUUCUCAACAAUUGAACAAUGUCACUGCUUGCAAACGCUUUCAUAUGUGCUACAGACAUUAACAGCACCAAUUUCGACGAUUCCUACCAGGAAUUAGUUAAAGACUUAGUGCCAGAUUGGGUUUGUGCCCUAGAAUAUGUACCUUGGUGUUGGGCCAUCUUUGGAUCUAUCCUUGUCGGACUUAGCGGAGUAUUGCCUCUCCUCGUCAUACCCAUUGACCAUUCGGAGAACUUGAAACAAGGAGAUGGUGCCAAUAAACUUAAGACGCUGUUGAGUUUCGCCGUAGGAGGACUUUUGGGGGAUGUUUUUCUGCAUUCCUUGCCAGAAAUUUGGGCCAAUGACACCGUCACAAAAUUGGGAAGUGGACACAUCUCAAACAGCGGACUAUUGAUAUUAACGGGGCUGAUUGUUUUUGUGGCUGCCGAAAAGGUAUUCUCUGUGAUAGAACAAAUAGAAGACAAUGAGAAAAGUACAUCUCAAAGUGUUGAAAACAACAAUACCAAAGGACUGAGUCAGCCUGUCGAACAGAAAAAGUCGGUUUCCGGCUAUUUGAACUUGGUAGCAAACACCAUGGACAACUUCACCCACGGUCUGUCAUUGGGUGGCGCCUUCUUGGUAUCCCUUAGACUAGGACUACUGACCACGUUCGCCAUUUUAGUCCACGAAAUCCCCCACGAAGUCGGAGACUUCGCCAUCUUGCUCAAGUCCGGUUUCACGAGGUGGCACGCCGGCGUGUUCCAACUUUUGACCGCAGGUGGCGGUCUCAUUGGCGCCAUGGCGGCCAUCUUGUUCAGCGGCGCACAUACAGCUCUAGAAGCAAGGAGCUCCUGGAUAUUACCAUUUACAGCUGGCACAUUCCUUCACAUAGCUUUAGUAACCGUUCUUCCCGAUUUACUCAAAGAGGAAGAUCCGAAAGAAUCAUUCAAGCAACUGUUAGCGUUGAUCUUGGGAAUAACAGUCAUGGCGUUCGUCACCAACGCUUUCGAGUGAUGGCGAUGACAAAUAGUAUCACAAAUGUACUUGAAGCAAUAGUUUAUUUGAAAUAAUAAAAGAAAUUUCCAUAAUUUAAUUAUUGGUUAGUAUUAAUAAUUGCGGUUUUGGCACGUGUCAACUGUCAUUUCUCAAAAUGACGGCUGACAAUAACUAAACUGUCAUUUGUGAAAAUGACAGUUGUAUAAAGAUAUAUCAAUUGGUUAUAUAGAGUAUAAAAUUCAUUUAUACAAUAUUUACUUUCAAAUAAACUCUUGCCAUUGACCAAUUAAAUGUAAUUUUGACAGUUUCUGUAAGGUUUGACUAAAUGUAAAUGUCAGAAUUAUGUAUCAUUGUUGAUUUUGAUACGAGCACAUCAAACAUAUUGACAUGCUCAAUUGAAGAUCGUUGUAACUGAUAUCUACAACCAAAAAAAUUGAAAUUGCUUCACAAUUAAUAAAUUAGGUUAUGUUUCCCAAAAAUGCGUAAAAUACUUGUCACUAGGAUCAAUAUUUUUUUGUUUAUAUUAGUUUUUGUAUAGAUAUGUCUCACCAGUACUUAAAUAUCUAUCAAGGGUUAUAGUUAUCUUCCCACAGAUACAUAACCGAAGAACAUCAUCCACAAAAAGCACAAACUAGGCCAAAAAAGUUCCAUGAAAUGUGUCAAUAUCAUUUUAUUAUCCAUAACACUUUCAUUUUUGCACUGUAAUCUCAAUAAGUCAUCAAAAAACUUCCAAUUUGUUUCCGAACUACAAUUACUGUUACUGCCUACAAAAAGCAACUUUGUACCUUUAUUUCAAAGUAGUGGGACUCGUCAGAACACAUUUCAGUGUCACCUUACCUUACAUAACGUAUAAUUUAUCUGAAUAUCUGUCAAUAUUAGCUGCCAGUGUCUUUUUGUAAAUUACAAUUACUGUUUUACCUAAAAACAUUUAAAAAACAUGUAUUAUUCUUCUUUUGAGAAACUUCUUGAGGCAUCUUUCCAUCCCCAAACAGCUACAUAUGAAAGUAUCUUGAUUGGUAAUAAAGUUGGGUAUUUAUUGCGGUAACUUUAGUCACUUGAGCUACUCAUAAGCUAUAUUAAAGAAUAUCAUAACCCAACUUUUUGUAAAUGGUGCUAUUUAACUACUUUUUUAAUGAUAUCAGUUACAAAGGUAUUCUGUGCUAUGUAUGAUAAAAAAACGUAUCGUUUUAUGCUGUGUUGAAACCGUUGCCAUAUUCUAUGAUUCUCUAGUGAUAUGUAAUUAAAAAAUGUAUAUAAAUAUUUUAUCAGUAUUUUUAGGUAGAAUGGAUAUUUGAUAUUUGAAGGAAAUAAGUCUUAAAUUGAUAAUAUGUAGUUUUUUAAAAUAAACAUUCUGUUUUA